CUCUGCCUCACCUCAUGCCUCAACAUAACUAUUCCAACCAACGGAAUGACGAGGACUAGCCAAUCAGAGGCCGAGUAGAGCGGGUCAUAGCAUGAUUCUUCAUUUAGCCAGCGGGUCACCGGCUGGCUAGCCAAGUUAACGCGUUUACAAACACAAACACAGGCGUUAAAACGGCCUUUCUAACUGGAAGCUCACGAGCGAUACACACGCUGUGAAUACACUCCAACGUCCGAUGCCGUGAAUUCCUUUUACGUUUCACCGGCAUCUUCCACUCCGGUUAGCUUUGCGUACAACACGCUAGCUAGUUAGCUGAGCUCAUUUAUCAAGUUAAAAUAAACAGAGGCACCAUUUUCACCUCUAGUGUGUUUGAGGUGAACAGUGUGGUUCGGACGCGGCUUCUGGUCGCUAUUCCUUUCCGUGCGGCCGAAGGGUCGGUGUGACGUGGGAGUCAGGGCUCGGGUAUAAGGGUGGCCUCCAGCGCUCUCCGGCGAAGUGGACCCAAGUGGACCCUCAUGAUACACAGCAGGGUUCGUUGAUGCCUCCUUUGCUCAGCGAUGUCAUCUGCCACUGCCAAUCCGACGAGACCCACCGAGGGAUCGACCCGGGCGGUGGAGGCGGGCACGUCGGAGAACCCUCCUCAGCUCCCCCAUCUAAACCAGUCGCCCACGCGGACCCCAGUCAGUCAGCGCAUCCGUGUGACACAUGUGGAGGGCCCGAGCAGGAGCACAGACUCAAAGUGUUGUUUCAAGUCCUGGAUGUUAACGGGGAUGGAGGCAUUUGUGUCAACGACCUGACAAUUGGGCUGAAGAAACUAGGAGUGCAUCGCACUGAACAUGAGCUCAUGAGUCUUUUUAGCAGAACGCAGUGUAAGCCUGCCCAAACUCCGUUGCCAGGGGAAAAAGAGACGGAGGCUCCUGGGAACUACAGAGAGCCGCAAGCUGGUCUCCAGGAAAACACUGCACACUACCCUGACAGUAGAAAUAUCAGCACAAGUGUUACUCCGAAGAAGACCACAGUCUUCAUUGUGAUGACACCACCUCCAGAUCAGAAAAUAGUGAAAGCAGGAGAUAAAGACCUGGACGGACAGUUAGACUUCAAGGAGUUUGUUCAUUAUCUCAGAGACCACGAGAAGAAACUGCGGCUGGUCUUCAAGAGCCUGGACAAGAAGAACGAUGGGCGUAUCGACUCGCAAGAAAUCAUGCAGUCUCUGCGUGACCUUGGAGUGAACAUCUCUGAGGAGCAGGCUGAGAAGAUCCUCAAGAGUAUGGAUAAGAAUGGCACAAUGACGAUUGACUGGAAUGAGUGGCGGGAUUACCACCUCCUGCAUCCAGCAGGCAACAUUCCUGAGAUCAUCCUCUACUGGAAGCACUCCACGAUCUUUGAUGUCGGGGAGAGUUUGUUGGUGCCUGAUGAGUUCACAGCAGAAGAGAAGAUAACAGGAAUGUGGUGGCGACAUCUAGUGGCUGGAGGGGGAGCUGGUGCUGUGUCUCGAACCUGCACUGCACCACUGGACAGGCUCAAAGUCCUCAUGCAGGUUCACUCCUCCAAGAGCAACAGCAUGCGCAUCACUGGAGGCUUUGUCCAGAUGAUCCGAGAGGGCGGUGUGAGGUCACUGUGGCGAGGCAACGGCAUCAAUGUCAUCAAAAUUGCCCCCGAGUCUGCUAUUAAGUUCAUGGCCUAUGAACAGAUGAAACGGUUAAUUGGAAGUAACCAGGAGACGUUGCGCUUUACAGAGAGGCUGGUGGCCGGCUCUCUGGCUGGACUCACCGCUCAGAGCAGCAUCUACCCCAUGGAGGUCCUGAAGACCCGGUUGGCCCUGAGGAAGACGGGCCAGUACUCGGGCAUCGUGCAUUGUGCCAAACAUAUCUUUCAGAAGGAGGGAGUGGCUGCUUUCUACAAGGGUUAUGUCCCCAACAUGCUGGGCAUCAUCCCCUACGCUGGCAUCGACCUGGCGGUCUAUGAGACCCUGAAGAACUCGUGGCUGCAGCGCUACGCCACAGACAGUGCUGAUCCAGGAGUGUUUGUGCUGCUGGCUUGUGGCACCACGUCCAGCACAUGUGGCCAGCUGGCCAGCUACCCGCUGGCCCUGGUCCGGACCCGGAUGCAGGCACAAGCUACCCUGGAGGGGGGCCCUCAGAUGAACAUGACCGCCCUGUUCAGACACAUCAUUAGGACCGAGGGGCCCAAGGGACUCUACCGAGGCCUGGCCCCCAACUUCAUGAAGGUCAUUCCAUCCGUCAGCAUCAGUUAUGUGGUGUACGAGUCCCUCAAGAUCAGGCUGGGGGUCCAGUCCAAGUGAGAAGGGAGGCAGGCGGAGACCAAGAGGCCUGAGCUGAAGACUUCAUGUGUCGGCCUCUAAAAAAUAAACGACACAUUGACGUACGAUAUAUGUGAAAUCCCAGGCUUUGAAGGAGGAAUGAAGAGGAAUCAGAGCUUGAAAGCUUCUGUUAGCUUCUCUUACUUAUGUCUUUAAGCAAUCCAGAGUUCUAUAGCAUAUAUAUUUCUAUAAUUCAUUGAAGUACCGGUGAAGGAGCAGUGCUGCUGGUCUGUGAAGGAGGAAUCUUUGUCUUUAAAGGGCUUUGCUACACAAACUGAAAGUACAUUGUGCAUGAGUACAUCAAGUUUCUUUGAGUAGCGACAUGUGACCACAAGCAGAAAAGAGAGGUCUCCUGAAUUUCAUCAAACUUACAUCUGAUCCCAAAUAUGGAGUUCGACGGCACAUUCAGUGUUUCAGAAAGAAGCUCAGAAGCUUCUCAGAGGCCUCCAUUCCUCCUGGAUAUUAUCAUACUAUCUUUUCACAGGUGUAACAUCAGGAAAACAAUAUCACUGGCUGGAUCUUGAAGGAGUAUUUCACCCGUUUGUUGGCUAAAGACAUUCUUUAUGAUCAAUAAACAGGACCAAUGAGAUGGAGUUCUCUUGUGCCUUGUGUGUCUCUCUUACAUAUAUCACUAUGAAAGGUGGAAUCUGUGGAACGUUGAAUGCACUUUAAGGUACUCCGCUUUAAUUCCUGUUUAGUUUAAAAAAAAUUAUUUAUGUAUUUAUUUUAACAAUAAAGAAGUCAUGACUAAA